GUUUAGAACUGCGAGGCGAAAUAAUAAUGGCGGGAUAAUUCUGCUGUGGACGGACAUGACAGAGCUGCAGUCCAGACAAGUGUGUCUGUACAGAGAGAAAACGUCCAGUGUUUGUCAGUGAAACAGCAGAUUCUCAGUUUUGUUCUCCUCAGACUGUCAACAUGUCUGCUGCCAGCUGUCUGCUGACUGAAGAUCAGUUUCUGUGCUCCAUCUGUCUGGAUGUGUUCAAUAAUCCAGUCACCAUACCAUGUGGACACAACUUCUGUAAAACCUGCAUCACUCAACACUGGAAUAUUAAUGUCCCGUGUCAGUGUCCCAACUGUAAGGACGUUUUCAACACCAGACCUGAACUGCGGGUCAACACAUUCAUCUCUGAGAUGGCUGCUCAGUUCAGACAGUCAGCUCAACAGAAAGCCAGCAGCAGCAGCUCAGAGCAACAAGUUUCCAAACCAGGAGAAGUUCCCUGUGACGACUGCACUGCAACCAAACUGAAGGCCCUGAAGUCCUGCCUGGUGUGUCUGGCCUCCUACUGUGAGACUCACCUGGAGCCUCAUCUGACAGCUAAACAGCUGAAAAGGCAUCAGCUGAUCGACCCUGUGGAGAACCUGGAAGACAGGAUGUGUACGAAGCACGAUAAACUGCUGGAGCUGUUCUGUAAGACCGACCAGAUGUGUGUCUGCAUGCUCUGCACUGUUUUAGAUCACAAGACACAUGAUGUUGUUCCUCUGAAAGAAGAAUAUGAAGAAAAGAAGGCCGAGCUGGGGAAGAGAGACGCUGAAAUUCAGCAGAUGAUCCAGAAGAGACGACUGAAGAUUGAGGAGAUGAAGCGCUCAGUGCAGCUCAGUAAGAAAGAUGCAAACAGAGAGGAAGCCGAAGGUGUUCAGGUCUUCAGAGCUCUGAAGAAAUCGAUUGAGAGCAGCCUGACCAAGCUCAUCGACACCAUCAGAAAGAAGCAGAGAGAGACAGAGAAACAGGCUGAAGGCUUCAUCAAAGAGCUGGAACAGGAAAUCUCUGAGCUGGAGAAGAGAAGCUCUGAGGUGGAGCAGCUCUCACAGUCUGAAGACCACCUCCACCUCCUCCAAAGCUUCCCAUCACUGAACACUGCUCCACCCACCAAGGACUGGACAGGAGUCAGCGUCCGUCCAUCAUGUGACGGGUCUGUGGCGAGAGCUGUGUUUUUGGUGGAGGACAUACUCGGUAAACACAUGAAGAGGCUGUUUGAGGUCGAGCUGAAGAGGGUCCAGCAGUAUGCAGUGGAUGUGACACUCGAUCCCAACACAGCAUAUCCUGAACUCAUCCUGUCUGAUGAUGGGAAACAAGUAAAACAUGUUGAUGUAAAGCAGAAUCUCCCAGACAACCCAGAGAGAUUCUCUUUAAGUACUUCUGUCUUAGCAAAGCAGAGUUUCAAUUCAGGAAAGUUUUAUUAUGAGGUUCAAGUUAAAGGAAAGACUGACUGGCUAUUUGGAGUGGUCAGAGAGUCGAUCGACAGGAAGGCAAAAGUCCGACCGAUUCCUUUUUAUGGUUUCUGGACGAUAUGGUGGAAGGAUGCCAGUGAACACAAAGCUAAUGGUGGGCCUGGAAACCGUAUUCCUCUGAGGACUCAGCCUGAGAAGGUGGGGGUGUUUGUGGAUUAUGAGGAGGGUCUGGUCUCCUUUUUUGACGUUAAUGCUGUCACUCUUUUCUACUCCAUCACUGGCUGCUGCUUCACUGAGAGACUCUACCCGUUCUUCAGUCCCUCUAGUAAUCAGGACGGUAAAAACUCUGCCCCGCUGAUCAUCACUCCCGUCAGUCACACUGAGUAGAGCAACGAUAAUAUGAUAUUAACGGGUGUGCCUUAUUGAUGAUCCGAUUCUGAUUUAUACAUUUUUAAAUUUUUCUUGUGUUGUUGUUUGAUGUUACAUUGACUGUCGCACUGACUCUCUGUACUCCAAACUACGAAGCAUUUGUUGAAUCCUUAAAUGUCCCAGUGCCUAUUUCAAAAUGUUUUAAACAAUCAAGUGAAACACUAAAAUGUCCCAAACUAAUUUUUGGUCGUGUAUAUAAAGUGUCAUAUUCAUUUCAGUUUCGUUGUUUCAACGUGACUAUGAACUGUGUUAGAUGAGAAAACAGUCCAGCUCAGCAGAAUAUCAUUAGAGAGAGUGCGAGUGCUCGUAAAAUGAAGAAAAAAAUAUGGUUUUCAGGUAGUAAAAUAUGAAAUAUGAAAAUGGUGAUUUGUGUGUGAAUGUAUCGGUUGAAUGGUGCAUUGUUUCAGACAGCAGGUAAACAGAUACGUGAUGUGAAAUAUUCAGCUUGAUCAGUAGAACGACUGUCCUGAGAGAUAUAAUAAAAACAUUUCUGCAUUAAAAUGACUCAUAACAACAAGA